AUGCGUAGUCAAUUAGUCUGUGAAAAUGUUAUCCUCAUAGCCUAGGGGGGAAAAAAGGCUUAAUAGCGACAAAAGAGUUGUGGCAUGUAAAUACGUGAUGAAUAAAAUGCAGUUUUUGCUAUAAAAAUGUGAACGUUGAAUAGAAUGAGUUUUUAGAACCAGCCAUGAAGGUGUUUCCAUUUAUUAGCACACUUUGCAGGCAAAACAAAUAUUUUAUUAUAGGUUUAUGUUUGGGAAUGUUUACGGGUUUGAUUCUCGCACCUAUUUUGGAAAAUGAUUGCCUUUUUAAUGAGAGUAGAGAAAGUUAUACAAGUGAUCAUCUGUCUCGUAGUCGUUCUCUAAGUAGUGAUUCCGAAACAAAAGGAGAUGAAUAUGAACCCAGGGUUAACCUCGCUGCUAAACCCAAGGCGGCUCAGAAGAAGCCACAACUUUUGAAUCGGCCUCGAUAUUACUCAACAGAAUUAGGGAUACGUGAAAAACUUUUUGUUGGUGUUUUGUCGUCACAAUAUGAUGUAUCUGCUCAUGGUGUUGCAUUGAACAAAACUAUUGCACACCUAGUAGAUAAGGUUAUGUUCUUCAUUGAUGCGCCUGGACCUCGAAAGCUGAACAUUUCAAUGCCUGGUGGAAUAGUGGGUUUCACCGACACUAAAAAAAUACUGAAGCCUUUCCAUAUGCUUAAAUACAUCACCGACAAUUAUUUGGAUGAAUUUGACUUCUAUUUCUUGAUUAAGGAUACAACAUAUGUCAAAGCCCGACAGCUUUAUGAGAUGGUGCAAGGGAUUAGUGUAAGUGAAGAUGUCCAUGCUGGAAGUGGCAAGAGAAACGAAUAUACUUCAUUCUGUUCAUUGGAUGCUGGCUUGCUUCUUAGCAACUCAGUAAUCCAUAAAGUAAUGUCAUCACUUGACUGGUGUGUUAAGAAUGCAUUUUCAUAUUCUGAUGAUGACAAUUUGGGACGGUGUAUACUUCACGCAACAGCCAUCUCAUGUCAAGAAUCGAUUCAGGGGUAUGCAUUGACAAGUUACACUCUAGACAGAACCUUUAAUAUGGAGGAUGAUAUCCAGAGACUAGCCAGGGAUUCCAGAUUUGAUUCUGCAUUGACACUUUAUCCUGUUCAAGAGCCAAAUAUUUUGUUUCAACUACAUGCCUACUUCUGUAAGGUAGGACUUGUUCACAAAGAACAAGCUAUAACAACACUGCAUAAUUCUCUGGUGAACAUGUCAGAAUUGACUCCUGGGGGACGAAACAGCGUAACCUGGCCAGUUGGAAGCCCAUCAGGAAAUGUGCCAACCAACAGGUUUGAUGUGCUUAGAUGGGAUUAUUUCACAGACACAGAAAUAUACCUACAUUCAGAUUUCUCCAAUGUGAAGAAACUUGAUGGUGCAGAUAAAACAGAUAUACAGUAUGUGAUGAAUGCAAGUAUCAAACAAAUGGAGGCAGAGUGGGGAGAACAUCUGCAGUAUCGCCACUUGAUAAAUGGCUACAGAAGAUUUGAUCCCUCCCGUGGUAUGGAUUAUCGUCUAGACCUGGCAUUCAGGGACACUACCACUGGACAAGAAGUGCAUAAAAGAGUGGAGGUAUGUAAGCCAUUAGGCAGAGUAGAAGUGGUACCCAUGCCAUAUGUCACUGAAAAUGUACGUGUGAACUUGGUUCUGCCAGUGGAAGCAGAAUAUAAGCAUGAAGCACUAAAGUUCAUGGAAAACUAUGCUAGGAUUUGUAUGGAGAAGCAAGAUAAGACUUUUCUUAUGCUGGUUUUGCUAUAUGACCCAAGUUUACCUGGGAAAGGUACAAAGGAUGACAUUUUUUUGUCAGUCAAGGAGAUGGCUCUUACUUUAUCUGACAGAUACAAAAAAGAUGGAAGCAAAAUAGCCUGGGUAUCUAUAAAGAUCCCUUCAUCCUAUGAGUUUCCAAGUGAUCCACUACUGGAGUUUGUUGUGGCUGACUUAGUUGUUAGAAAGUUUUCACCAGAGUCACUCAUCCUUACAUGUCAGUCGAACAUGGAUCUAAGGCAGGAUUACCUUAAUCGGGUACGUAUGAAUACUAUAUUGGGCUGGCAAGUUUUCAGUCCCAUUCCUUUCUCAGAGUAUCAUCCAGAUAUUGUGUAUAGAAGUACCAGCACAAGAUCAAAGGAAUUAGAUAUUGACAAAACAUAUGGCCAUUAUGACACUGGAGAGUUCAGCCACAUUGCAUUUCAUGCUCAUGACUAUACCACAGCACGCAAACAAAUAGAAGACAUGAUUCCAAUUGUACGAAAUGACAGAGACAUUCACUCACUUAUAACCAUGAAAUAUGACAACCAGUCAACUUCACCUUCUUCAUUAUAUGGAAUGUUCAUCAGUUCAGGAAGUCUGCACAUUCUGCGUGCUGUUGAGCCUGGAUUGCGGCUACAUUACCGAGAGAGAAAUUGUCAGCAUCUGAACAUUCAGUGUGCUGAAGCUAGAGCUUUCAAUUUAGGAAGCAAAAGUCAACUUGCACAGUUAAUAUUAGACUAUGUAGCCAGUCACAGCCCUGCAUCUUCUGCCUAAGAUGUUUCCACUUUGUGGAUCAUCCAAAAACUAAGCCUGUUCAUUUCUCUCUACCUUCUGACAGUCCCUCCUCAGUUUCUUGCCAUAGUCUUCCUUCUAUGUGGCAUCUUCCCCAUGUUUUUUUUAAUCUUGAUUUUGGUCUCCCUCUUGGGUGUUUUCAUUUUUACUCUCAUGUUUAAAACCUUCUCUGGGAUUUCUCUUCAUUCAUUCUCAAAAAAAUAUCCAACUUCCAAGGUGUUUACUAGCUUCUUAAUUUCUAAUUCUCUCUUGGAUUUCCUUCUAUAGUUCUUAAAAUAUCACCUCUGCUGCCAUUAGUCUACUAAUAUCUACUACCUUCAUCCAUGCCCAAGUUUCUGCUCUAUACAUUAACAUGGGCAUGUAGUAACUUUAAAAUAGGCAUACUUUGUCAUUUUGUACCAAAAAUGAUGUGGUUUAGUGCAGGGGUACCCCCAAAAUAGAUACCAAAUAUAUCCCCCAAAAUUACAAAAAAUGUGGGUGAUUUAAAAAUGUGUAAUUAACUGAUUGUGUAGAAACCUUGAAGAAAUUGCAGUACACAAGAUCUGAGGUGCUCAAAAUAUUAUUUUAAAACUUAACAAAAUGUUUAUCCACAAAAUCUCAUAUAAAUAAAUACAUGUGCUUCCUCACACUGUAACACAAUUGUAUUUUACAUGUAGAUGACGUUUUAUGUGUAAGUCUUAGUGAUGCUGACAUGAAUGCCACAAAACCAUACAAAAGUAAGUUUUCUUUGUAGGUGAAACACAUUCUUCAAUGCUCUUAUGAUAAACCUAAUGUUGUAGAGAAUGGACUUUGUUGCAGUGGGAAGUCGACAUGUUUCUACCUAAAUUCUACAUCACUAUUAUUCUUCUCUUUGCUCUCCAGUGUGCUACUUCACAACUGUGAGCAUUGCAUUUGAAAUAUCUGCUGUCUCAGUAUCACUAUGCAAUGACUAAAAUCUGACCUCAGUUUCUAGCUCAGAUCCUGAAUUUUUAAAAAUAAUAAUAAUAUUACAACUUUCAAGAAAUUUGGAUUGCCUGUGGUUCACAUCUCUAACUCUGUUGGGUUCUGGCAUAUCCACUUUAUAAAAAAAUGGCAUUAAUCAGAAAGCAGCAUUGCCAGAAAAGAAUGAUAAGAGGAUACUUACUGGAGCUUUGUAAAAAACAGGUUUUAAUUUCUUAAUGUUAAUAGGUCUGACACUGAUGCGUACCUCCAAUAAUAUGAUGCUCUGUUUUCUUAUGAAGCCAUUCCCUCCCCUGAACAGAUGGUAUUUCCUUAGGUUAUUUUAUUAUUAUUACUAUGACUUUUAAUUGUGCACGUUAAACACAUGACUAGUCACACUAGACAGUAAAAUAGAGAUAGAGUGUGAUAUUUUCACUUUACAGCUGCAUAGCAAAUACAUAAUAAAAAAGAAUCAGUGCAAUUAUCUGACAUAAAAUGGACUAGAAGGAAUGCCUUACACAAUGGAAUCAAAGUUUCAGACCUACAGAUGAAUAAUUUUGCAUGAAUUAUGAAAGUAGUGAUAUAUUAUUACAAUGCUCAGACCUUGAGGCCAACAUAUAUUAAUGUAAUAUAAUUUUGCAUUUGGUAAACUUAUGUGAAAUUAAGAUUAAAUUAUUUUAUAUUGAUACAUUCAAUUAUACUGGCUGGCACAUAACAUUAUCUGAUUAUGCAAAUAACUGUAUGUGUAAAAAGAGACUGUGAUAGCAUUUACCAAAAAUGUUACGAAUGAUAGUUUCAUGAUUUGUCUUGUAAUAUGUAUCGAAUUUGUUCAAAAUAUUAUAUUUCAGAUGUAAAACUUAGUUAUUUUGUAACAAUGAUAGAAACAUGAAUGAAGAAGAAUUGAAAGAGAAAUUGUGAAUAUAUACCUGUGUUAAUAAAGUUCAGUGUGAUGUCCAUUCAUCACUCAGCAUACAACUCAUCACUAAUUCCAGUCUCCUGUGACACCUGAGUAACAGUAUGUAUAGUUACAGACUCAGCAUUGUCUAUUAUUCAAGCUGAGAGAACACAAUGUUUCACAAUUUCUCUUAUAUUACAUGUUUUCAUUCAUGUCACAAAACAGUAAAGCUUCAAAACUAUGCUGUAUUGUUUCAGACACACAAUAUAUAUUUGAAGGUUUAUAACAAACUAUGGUAUGCACUUUUAUACUUUUUAAGUGCAGUUGCCUUUAGGAAGCUUUGUAAAAGAAAUGUUGAUAUUAAUCUUACACUGCCAUUCUGAAUGAACUGGGACCGAAAUAUAAACGAACUUGUACUAGGAUAUCGUCUGUUGGUGGCGCCCUACAGUUGAGUAUGGGCCCAAGACACCUGAAGAAGGGCUGUAAGAUGCCCAUCAUUUCCUUUUUUCUUUACUAUUAUAGUUCAUAUGAAUACAUGUUUAUUCACAGUGCUCAGUCUAAUUGUAAAUUUAUUUUAAUGGUCAUCACAAAAGUUUGAAAUUAGAUUUUUAGUUGUAACUAUAUGAAGCAUAAGAAUGUCCAUAUAAUAUAAAUCAAAACAGUAAGAAAAAAGAAUGAUAUGUGCUGUGAAAUUGAGAGGACUGGAGAAAUGCCUGUGGCCUUCUUCAGAGUAUUUUCCCUGCAUCAAUGUGACAGAACUUAUGAAAACCAUAAAAAGGUUUUAGCAUGACAGCCUGUGAUCUGGUAUAGAUUUUAACCAACUGCUUCCCAAGUUGGAAGCAUUACAUUUGAGCUAACCUGCUUGGUAUGUAAUAUUUACAAAGCAUGAAUUCAUUACUAUUAAAUAUUUAUAUGUUUAAUGCCUAAAUAUCCCAUUUUACAUCCUAGAGCUUGAUAAUGUAUUAAUUAUUUAAAAGCCCAGUUGUAACUAUGUGUACCACUUGCUUUACAAACAGUAACUCUACAUUAUUCCCACAUAGUGGACUUAGUGUUUGUUAUGGUUCACAGAAUAAACAGCAAUCAUUUCCCUAAGGGCCUCGCUUUACCAACUCUCGCCGGUAGAAACUGAUCGCAACUGAUCUGGUUGAAAUUCGGUCGGUUAAUGAGGGAGUUGGAUAAUCGAGGGUCGGUUAACAGAGGUUUUGUACUUCAAAAUACAUAAGAGUAAGUAUGUUAAGUAAAGCUGCACCCACCACGGAAAGUACCUGAUGCACCUGUGAAGUUGAGACUGUUUGGUAUCAUAAUAUGAUGUCCAUUGUCAUGAGUUUGGAUUAGAGUGUUUUUAUUGUUAGUUGAUAUUAUGUAUAAUUAUAUAUUCGAUAAUACAUAUGAUUUUCAACAUGUCUUAUUUUAAAAUACAAAAUCAGAAGAAAUUAUUCACUGAAAGAUAACUGCAAUCCACUGUCCUCACACCAAGUAUCAUCACUUACUCAUAAAUAAAGUUAUCCCACAUUGCAUAUGAUAUUAUACAUGACAAAUUAUGCUUCAAGUAAUACAGGACAAAAAAGAAAACUUUUUGCUUCUAACCACUGCACUGCAUUUAAGUUUUCCUUCUGUGUGUCUGAAAAAUUUAUACCAAACUUUGGUACAUAAAAUAUUUAAAAUAUCCACAUAAGCGAAGUACCAAAUUUACUCAUGUAAGUGCAUGAUGAAUAAUGAAAACAUGUGUAUUCUCACUUGCAGAUAUAAUAAUUAUUCAUAAAGCCAGACAGUAAUGAACAAUUUUAUCUGAUCUGAUAAUGAUUGAAACUGCACUCAUUACAUUAAACAAUGUGAAAAGUAAUGUCAAUUUUCAGAAAGUUUAUAAUACUUCAUUAUAUUUUUAUAUUUUUCAAAACAAGCUGGAACAUAACUUGUAAGUGAUUACUGUGGGUCUUUGUAAAAAUAAAAACAUGUUUUCGUUUCUU